GAUGAUGUCAAAUUGAUGAAAGACCUAAAUAUGGACGCUUUCAGAUUUUCAAUUUCAUGGGCUAGAUUAAUACCUAGUGGAAAAGUAAAAGAUGGAGUAAACAAAAAAAGGUGUACAGUUCUAUAAGUCUCUCAUUGACGAGCUUGUUGCUAAUGGCAUUGAACCAUCGAUGACCCUAUACCAUUGGGACCAUCCUCAAGCACUCGAGGAUGAGUACGGUGGCUUUUUAAACCCUCAAAUAGUAGAAGAUUUUCGAGAUUUUGCAAGAGUAUAUUUUGAAGAAUUCGGAGACAAAGUUAAGAUGUGGACUACUAUAAACGAACCUUAUGUCAUAACUGUUGCGGGCUACGAUGCGGGUAACAAAGCGGUUGGGCGAUGCUCUAAAUGGGUGAAUAGUAAGUGUCAAGCCGGCGAUUCAGCUACAGAGCCUUACAUUGCAUCACAUCACCUUCUUCUUGCUCAUGCCGCAGCUGUCCAAGAGUUCCGAAAAUGUAACAAGACGCAAGAUGGUCAGAUUGGGAUAGUGUUAUCGCCGUUGUGGUUUGAGCCUUAUGACUCCAAUUCUCCUGCCGAUAACGAAGCUGUUAAACGAGCUCUUGCCAUCGAACUAGAUUGGCAUUUAGAUCCAGUUAUUCAUGGGGAUUAUCCAGAAUUAAUGAAGAAACACAUCGGAAACAGAUUACCUUCGUUCACUCCGGAACAGUCUAAAAUGUUGAAAAAUUCAUCAGAUUUCAUUGGAAUAAACUACUAUACUGCGCGUUACAUUGCUCAUCUUCCACACAUCGACCCUGCACGACCUCGAUUCGUAACUGAUCAACAGUUGAAAUGGACAGUCACAAAUCACACUAAUCACCAAUUCGGACCAGGGGAAGAUCGAGGCAUACUCCAAUCACAUCCAGAAGGUUUACGAAAAGUUCUUAACUACAUCAAAGAUAAAUACAAUAACCCUAUCGUCUAUAUAAAAGAGAACGGGAUCAAUGACUAUGACGACGGUACAAAAUCACGAGAGGAGAUUCUCAAUGAUACAUUUAGGAUGAGCUACCAUGAAGACCAUAUCCAACAACUCCACAAAGCUAUAAUAGAUGAUGGAUGUGACGUGAGAGGAUAUUACGUGUGGUCUUUACUAGACAAUUUCGAAUGGGAGCAUGGAUAUUCCACUAGAUUUGGUCUGUACUAUGUAGACUACGACAACGAUCUCACCCGGUAUCCCAAAAAUUCGGUUAACUGGUUCAAGCAGUUUCUCAACAAACCGGUGGUAAAGAAUGAAGAAACAGAGGAGGAAGAAGUAUGGGAUGUGUCACGUGAGGAAAGGUAUAAUAAGACUUUCGAUGAUUCAGAAGGUUUCGAGGCAUCCGUUGGUUCGAUUCUCUAUCUCAUGACGAACGUGUCAAGAAGAGAAGAAGAUGAUGAGAGAGAUCGAUGCGCUCUUGGAAAUCUUAAUCAUCAGUUAGGUUUCUUGUUGGGAUCAUAUAAUUCUUUGUGAUUUUAAAAUAGGUUUUGUUGAGUAGCCUUAGGAAUCAUUUAUUUUUUUAUGAGUUAUCAAAAUUGCCAAUGUAGGAAGACAAUUAUAUGGCAUGGAAAUAAAAAC